AUGGCAGAAACAAAGGAUGGUCGAUUGCACAAGCAUCCAAAGCAUUCAUUUGGUGAAACAAUUGAUAGAAUAUCAGAGUUGCCUGUGCAUAUAAUUCAUCACAUCUUCUCUAAAUUCAACCAAAAAGAGGCUGCCAAAACUUGUGUCUUGUCCAAGAGAUGGUACUAUUGUUGGACUUCUAGACCUAUUCUGGUAUUCUGUCAAUUACCAUAUAUGCCCCUGGAGAAGUUUGUCAAGUUGGUUGAUCAAUUCUUACAACCCCACCUUGAAGAAAACUUACAUCUUGAAGAAUUCAACCUUCAAUAUCCUCCGGAAUUGGCUUCGCAUCAUAUCGAUAGAUGGAUUGAUUUGGCAGUUAAACUUAAUGUCAAAGUGCUAAAAAUUGACACUUCGGAUGAUUCCGGUUCCCAUAAUUUACCUGAUGUUAUUUAUGCUGCUAAAAAGCUGACAACAUUGAAGCUAAGCAGAUGCAAGUUUGAAUUUGACAUUAGCACCACUAGCAUUAUAAGAUUCUGUUGUCUUAAGGAUCUUCACUUGAGUUAUGUCCAUAUCUCUGAACGCCAAUUACAAAGAGUAUUCGAUAGACGUCCGUUCAUCAGGAAUCUAAGCUUGUCUAAUUGCGAGGGAAUAAGCAAAUUACAUGUGAGGAAUCUAGAAGAAGUCGAGAUUCAAGCUCCAAAUUUAUUGGAAUUCAAUUUUGGGGGUGACAAAAUGGCCUUCUCAUCUAUGGAUCCUUCUUCCCUGGAAAGCGUCCAACUCAGUUUUUGGUUGUUUGAGACACCAAUAAUAAUUAAGUUUGGAAAUGUGGACAGUAGCUGGUGCACCAACCUUCAGCACUUUCUUCAAAAGUUCAACUAUUCUAAAGGUCUGAUAUUAGUAAUAUCUUGCUGCAGGACUCAAAUCAUCCUUAUUUAUGAAGAUCCAAGAGAAAUUAUUGUUCCCCCAUGUCCUAAUAUCGAAAUAUUCAUUGCACCUAUGCAGCGUGUUGAAUCAAUCAUAGACAGGUUAAUGUUCAGGCCUCCCAAGAUCAUAUCCGUACUUCCAUGCACAAAGAGUAAAGUACUCCAGGUGCUGCCUGAGAUAAAAGGGUGUCCAAAGAAGCGAAAAUCUGGUAAAGAUUGUUUGUCCAAUAUCGAGUGUUUUUAUUGUCAACGCGAAUUAAAAGAAGUCGGCAAUUUUAUGGACACAACCGAUGAGGAAAUGGCCUCUUGGUAUUCUUGGUUGAAAUCCACGCCUCUGAUUGACCAAGUGACUACCUUCACGUUCAAUUCUUAG